GACCGGAUGUGACGUAUACUUCUACUUCCUGUAGCGCGCGCCGCUGUAUUUUGUUUCGUCGGAGUUUUUGUCCGAGUGUUUUUAUUGAUUUCAUCGAUCAUGUAUGAUCAGGACGAAGAUAAUCAAUAUGAUGAAGAUGAUGAUGAAAUCACUCCGGAUCUGUGGCAGGAAGCUUGUUGGAUCGUCAUCAGCUCUUAUUUUGAUGAGAAAGGUCUGGUGCGGCAGCAGCUGGACUCCUUUGAUGAGUUCAUCCAGAUGUCGGUUCAAAGAAUAGUGGAAGAUGCUCCGCCCAUCGACCUCCAGGCUGAAGCUCAACACACGUCAGGGGAGGUGGAAGAGCCGCCCCGUUACCUUCUGAAGUUUGAGCAGAUCUACCUUUCAAAGCCGACGCACUGGGAGAAAGAUGGAGCUCCAUCUCCUAUGAUGCCCAACGAGGCUCGAUUACGGAACCUGACGUACUCCGCCCCUCUCUACGUUGACAUCACUAAAACAAUAAUAAAAGAGGGUGAAGACCAGUUGCAAACACAACACCAGAAAACCUUCAUUGGGAAAAUUCCCAUCAUGCUUCGCUCCACCUAUUGCUUGCUGAGCGGCCUAACAGACCGAGACCUGUGCGAGCUUAACGAGUGUCCACUCGACCCCGGGGGUUAUUUCAUUAUCAAUGGCUCUGAGAAGGUUCUGAUCGCUCAGGAGAAGAUGGCGACCAACACAGUUUAUGUAUUCGCCAAGAAGGACUCGAAGUACGCGUACACGGCCGAGUGUCGGUCCUGUCUGGAGAACUCGUCCCGUCCGACCAGUACCAUCUGGGUCAGCAUGAUGGCCAGAGGAGGACAGGGUGUGAAGAAGAGUGCGAUUGGUCAAAGGAUCGUGUCGACGCUGCCGUACAUCAGACAGGAAGUUCCCAUCAUCAUCGUGUUUCGAGCUCUCGGCUUCGUGUCGGACAGAGAUAUCCUGGAACACAUCAUCUACGACUUCGAUGACCCCGAGAUGAUGGAGAUGGUGAAGCCGUCUCUCGACGAAGCGUUCGUGAUCCAGGAGCAGAACGUGGCGUUGAACUUUAUCGGCUCCAGAGGAGCGAAACCUGGCGUGACCAAGGAAAGAAGAAUCAAAUAUGCAAAAGAAGUUCUGCAGAAAGAAAUGCUGCCGCAUGUCGGCGUCAGCGACUUCUGCGAGACCAAGAAGGCGUAUUUCUUAGGGUACAUGGUCCACAGGCUGCUGCUCGCCGCUCUUGGCAGACGGGAGCUGGAUGACAGAGAUCACUAUGGCAACAAGAGGCUGGACCUGGCUGGACCGUUGUUGGCUUUCCUGUUCAGGGGCAUGUUUAAGAACCUGCUCAAGGAAAUCAGAAUCUAUGCUCAGAAGUUCAUCGACCGAGGGAAAGACUUCAACCUGGAACUGGCCAUCAAAACCAGAAUCAUCUCCGACGGCCUCAAAUACUCGCUCGCCACCGGAAACUGGGGCGACGUCAAGAAAGCUCAUCAGGCCCGAGCUGGGGUUUCACAGGUAUUGAACCGUCUGACGUUUGCGUCCACUCUGUCUCACCUGCGUCGAGUUAACUCUCCUAUUGGCAGAGACGGAAAACUGGCCAAACCACGACAGCUGCACAACACGCUGUGGGGGAUGGUGUGUCCAGCUGAGACGCCCGAGGGUCACGCUGUGGGUCUGGUGAAAAACUUGGCACUCAUGGCCUACAUUUCUGUGGGAUCUCAGCCGUCCCCCAUCCUGGAGUUCCUGGAGGAGUGGAGUAUGGAGAACCUGGAGGAGAUCUCACCUGCUGCCAUCGCAGAUGCUACAAAGAUAUUUGUGAACGGCUGCUGGGUCGGAAUCCACAAAGAUCCAGAGCAGCUGAUGAACACGCUGAGGAAACUACGACGACAGAUGGACAUCAUUGUCUCCGAGGUGUCGAUGAUCAGAGACAUAAGAGAGCGUGAGAUCAGAAUUUACACGGACGCUGGACGAAUCUGUCGCCCCCUGCUGAUCGUCGAGAAACAGAAACUACUGCUGAAGAGACGUCACAUCGACCAGCUGAAGGAGCGCGAGUACAACAACUACAGCUGGCAGGACCUGGUGGCGAGCGGCGUGGUCGAGUACAUCGAUACUCUAGAGGAGGAGACAGUGAUGCUCGCCAUGACCCCGGAUGAUCUCCAGGAGAAGGGCGUGGCUUACUGUUCCACUUACACUCACUGUGAGAUUCACCCGUCCAUGAUCCUCGGGGUGUGCGCGUCCAUCAUUCCCUUCCCUGACCACAACCAGUCUCCCAGGAACACAUACCAGUCUGCCAUGGGUAAACAGGCCAUGGGUGUUUACAUCACCAACUUCCACGUUCGAAUGGACACGCUCGCUCACGUGUUGUACUACCCUCAGAAACCGCUGGUCACCACACGAUCCAUGGAGUACUUGCGUUUCAGAGAGCUUCCUGCAGGCAUCAACUCGAUUGUUGCAAUCGCGUCAUACACGGGAUACAACCAAGAGGACUCUGUGAUCAUGAACAGGUCGGCUGUCGAUCGAGGCUUCUUCAGGUCAGUUUUCUAUCGGUCCUACAAAGAGCAGGAGUCAAAGAAAGGCUUCGAUCAGGUGGAGAUCUUUGAGAAGCCAACACGUGAAACCUGUCAGGGAAUGAGACACGCCAUAUAUGACAAGCUAGAUGAUGACGGGCUGAUUGCACCUGGAGUUCGUGUAUCUGGCGAGGACGUGAUCAUUGGGAAGACGGUGACACUGCCAGAGAACGACGACGAUCUGGACAGCACCAACCGGCGCUACACCAAGAGGGACUGCAGCACCUUCCUGAGAACCAGCGAGACUGGGAUCGUAGAUCAGGUGAUGGUGACCCUGAACUACGAGGGCUACAAGUUCUGCAAGAUCAGGGUUCGUUCUGUUCGAAUUCCUCAGAUCGGGGAUAAAUUUGCCAGCCGACACGGACAGAAAGGAACAUGUGGGAUCCAGUACAGACAGGAGGACAUGCCUUUCACCUGUGAGGGAAUCACACCUGACAUCAUCAUCAAUCCUCACGCCAUCCCGUCCAGAAUGACAGUCGGUCAUCUGAUUGAGUGUCUGCAGGGAAAGGUUUCGGCAAACAAAGGUGAGAUUGGCGACGCGACGCCGUUUAACGACGCCGUCAACGUGCAGAAAGUGUCCAACCUGCUGUCUGAGUACGGAUAUCACCUGAGAGGAAAUGAGGUUCUCUAUAACGGGUUCACAGGGAGGAAACUGACGUCUCAGAUCUUCAUCGGUCCAACAUAUUAUCAGCGUCUCAAACACAUGGUCGACGACAAGAUUCACUCAAGAGCCAGAGGACCAGUCCAGAUCCUCAACAGACAACCUAUGGAGGGACGCUCACGCGAUGGCGGUCUGCGUUUUGGCGAGAUGGAGCGUGACUGUCAGAUCGCUCACGGCGCCGCUCAGUUCCUCAGAGAGCGUCUGUUUGAAGCGUCUGAUCCGUAUCAGGUCCACGUGUGUAACCUGUGCGGCCUGAUGGCCAUCGCCAACACCAGGACGCACACGUACGAGUGUCGCGGCUGCCGCAACAAGACUCAGAUCUCGCUCAUCCGGAUGCCGUACGCCUGUAAACUUCUCUUCCAGGAACUGAUGUCAAUGAGCAUCGCCCCUCGUAUGAUGUCAUCGUAGACCGACAGCCAAUCACACACAGACAUUUGUUUGUUUCAGUGCAAAGUUUUUGUAAAAGUAGAAUAAACAGUUUUUCUUUAA